AUGCGCUUUCACUACCUUUUGUUGUCAUUGGCUGGAGCCGUCGUCGGAAGUGCUCAAGCGAAGUCUGAGGAAACAGUCUCGGUCCCGAGCACAACACGUUCUGCAGAGCCUCUUACUACGUCUGUUACGAGAUCGCUGCGGAUUAAUGCACACGAAGACGAUAAAGAGAGGGUUUCUACUGCCAGUGUGCACGAAGAGUACGAAGAGAGCAGCGCUGACGCCACUGUAAACGAAGACGACGAAGAACGGAACCUCUCUAACUUUGCGGAGGUCUUUUCUAAGAUCAACCCUUUUAAGAGAGGUGUCACGGAUGAUUAUUUGAUGAAGCUGGUGAAGAAGAAGAAAUCUUCGGAGGCCAUCAUGAAAGCAAUCAGGCUGGACAAAGCUGGAGACAAGCUAUUUGAAGACCCAAAUUUUAAAAAUCUUGUAAGAUACGCGAAACAUGCGUCUCCACAACACCCUGAAAAAGCGAUGAUCAAGGUGUUAAUGGACUGGUAUCGUCUUCAUCCUGAUAUGCUGUACAGGAUCCUAGAAGCUGAAACGACAGGUAAGUAUAAGGAAACUGCCACAGAACUUCAGCAGCUACUAGUUAAAGGUUGGAUGAAAAGUAACGUCGAGCCGGGCAAGAUUCUCGAAUACAUGGACACUUUCGGCAACGUGGAUCGCAUGAUUGCCAACCCUUUUUUUUGGCCUGGGAACAAUAUGUCGACGCCUUUAACAUAA